AUGGCUGUCGCUAUUGCAGCCAUGAAGAGUGUAUCCGCUCUGAGUGUCAGCGAUGGUACAAUAAUGCACAACAAUCUUCCUGACGAAGACAUUACCAUUGAAAAUGGUGGUUACGUAGGUUUGAUAUACGGUAACGUUCAAGGUAUUACUGGUAACAUGGACAUUGAAGAUGGCGGCGCUUUGUACGUCGGUGAUCAAGACUCUGGUGACAAUGGUCUACAAACUACCUUCUCAGGUUCAACCUUUAACAAUCAUGGUGUUUCUGUUGUUGAUAACAGAAAUGUCUCCAAGGCAAUGACCGUCACUUGGGAUGGUACCACAAUCGAAAAUAAUGGUAAAAUGUUCUUUGAAGGUCCAAACGUGAACGGUAACACAUUUAAUAUUGAACCAAGCAGUACUCUGACAAACAACGGUUUAAUGGUUUUUAGUCAAGACGAAAGCUCUAGUUAUGGUAGUACUGUGAACAUGAAAGCAUCCACAUUUACGAAUGACGGUACUGUUUGUUUGAACAAUGUAAAGGCUUAUCUUUUAUCCAAUGUUGGCGGUUCCGGGUGUAUCACUGUUGGAGCCAACACUGUCUACGCAAUCCAAUCUACCAGUUACGGUACGUUAGGUUCUCAAACAUUAUACAUGACCGACUCCAGUUCUAUUAUCUACGUUGAUAGUAAGGGUGAAACCAGUAACAUCAAAGUGGCUGGUUACGGUAAUGGUAACUAUCUGUCUUUUGGGACUUCCAUUACCAGUCACAGUUAUGACUCCAGUACUGGUAUCUUAACUGUCAAUGUUUUCAUAUUUAUUAAACAUACUUUCAAUAUUGGUACCGGUUAUGAUUCAUCUAACUUUAAAGAGGUUCAAAUUGAUAACCAUAUUGGUACCAAACUGGCGAAUAAUGCUCUUUAUUAUAAUGCUGCCCCACCUAAUGCUGAUAGUCCAUCUGUUUGCGCUGCCUGUGAAACUGCUCCAUGGAUUCCAAUCCCAACCCCAGUUACAUCAUCUUCUGUCGCACCUUCUUCCUCUUCCAUUCCAUCAUCUAGUUCUAUUAUGCCAUCUAGUACAUCUAGCUUGGUAAUUAGUUCUUCCAUUACAUCCUCAUCUUCUAUUCCAAGCAGUUCUUCUGCAGUUGCUUCAUCCAGUUCUGGUAGUUUCCAAAAUAUUGCUCCUCAAUCUCUAGCAUUAUCAAAAACAUCAGAUAUAAGCUCCUCUUCUGUUGCCCCAACCUCUUCUAUCGAUCCAACUUCUUCUGUUGUGUCAACUUCCUCUGCUGAUCCAACCUCUUCUGUUACCCCAUCCUCUUCUGUUGAUCCGACAUCUUCUGUUGCACCAACCUCUUCUGUUGCCCCAACCUCUUCUGUUGCCCCAACCUCUUCUGUUGCCCCAACCUCUUCUGUUGCCCCAACCUCUUCUGUUGCCCCAACCUCUUCUAUCGAUCCAACUUCUUCUGUUGUGCCAACUUCCUCUGCUGAUCCAACCUCUUCUGUUGCCCCAUCCUCUUCUGUUGAUCCGACAUCUUCUGUUGCACCAACCUCCUCAGUUGACACAACUUCCUCCAGUAGCCAAAUUUCUAUUGCACCAGCUUCUGCUAUUGAUGCUUACGUCAGAAACAUUACUACUACUUUGAUUACAAGUGAAACUAAUAUGUUUACCACUUCUACGGUGAAUGGUGUCACUCUAACCCAAUAUACUACUGAUUGUCCAAUUACUGAUGAAAACGGGUCAGUAACCUCUUCUCCAGCCACUGUUUUUGCCAAUGAUAAAAAUACAGUCACAAUUCCCCAAGUAAGUACUAAGGUUUACGGAACUGUAACCGAUAUUGUCUCUUGUUACCCAACUAUCAAUAGCAACAGCGAAUUAACUGUUGCGUCUGUUACUUACAAAGUGGAUGCUGUCGUUGUUCAAACUAUUAUUGAAACUGAAAUUGAGAAGUAUGCUCAGACAGCUAAUACUAAUGCUGAUGCUGAACCUCAACAGAGUACCACUGCUAAUACAAACCAAGUUGUAGUUACAAAGACUGUUAUUCCAGACGAAACCACAACUCCAGCUAAAGUAAAACAAAUUACUACCAUUGAUGCUAAGUCAGAACAAAGAAUAGUAACUCAAACUGUUAUCCCAGAUGAAACCACCACUUUAACUAAUACUAACGUUGAAACCAAAGUUGUUGCUUCUGGUAGUCCAUAUGUAUCUGUCUCCGCAGUGAAAAUCAGUCAACAAUCAUCUUACGGUAUCCAAGGUAUCACUACUAGAUCCAUCAAUGAAUUUAGUGCCAACAACGGUAACACAAUAGGUACUACCUUAGGUUUCGGUUCUCUAUUUUACUUACUUUUCUUAGCUUUGUAA